AUCAUGCACUUAAACCCUGAACUUUGGCAUAUCAUCUGGUAACCUCUCUGGCCGUGACACAUGAUCCUCACGUUGCGUGACAGAAGAAUGUGAGAUAUUUAGAAGCAGACAGAGACUGGGAUGACUGUCAUUUCCCCUUUACCUUUUCCUGUUCCUGCUUGUCAGUUUCAGGAGACCGUGAAGGAUCCAAAAAGGCCAGAAGCGGAGACAGACAGCAGAGGACAUGCCUUUGGCAUCGGGUUCACCUCCAAAGCCAGGAGAUCUGAUUGAAUUCAUCCGCCCUCUUUAUCAGCAUUGGGGUAUUUAUGUUGGAGAUGGGUAUGUUGUGCAUUUAACAGAUCAGGAAGGCUGGUCAAGUUUGUCUUCAGCUCUAGGGGGCACAGCUAUAGUCAGGAAGGACCUUCUGGAAAAUGUUGCUGAUGGCUGUAAUUACAGGGUGAACAACAAGUAUGACCUGAAGGUGCAACCAUACCCACCAGAAAAAGUGGUACAAGCAGCAAUGGAACUGGUGGGGCAAACACUGCCAUACAGUGUCACCAGCUCCAACUGUGAACACUUUGUCACUGCAAUGAGAUAUGGGGACCGUUUCUCUGAUCAGGUGGAUAAUGCUUCAAUAUAUGCUGCAGUUGGAGGUGGAGCUUUAGCUGCUACAAUCGCCUUUGUCUAUGCCUUUAUGAGGAACAAGCGGCAAAACCAGUGAUGUUAUACCUUCAACCAUACACAGACCAGCAGAGUAUUAUGUGGUUCUGAAAUAGCACAAAACCAGGCCAGGAGCCCUAGAGGUGCUACAAAAGCGAUUCGCUUGCUGUGUGACCUUACACAAAGUAUAGCCUUGAAUAGUAUGUUUUAUGAGACUUAUAUCCUAACCAAUAAGAGCCUUGCUGUGUGCCUUAAGCAUUACAUUGCCAGAAGCAAGAGUGGCUUCAAUUAUUUCAUCUCUAAUAACAGUCUUUAACAUUUUAUCUAGGCAUGGAAUUGAUCAGGUUGUUUGAAGUGGCUAUCUAUGAGGACAGCUAGACUGGUAGAAAAAUACUAAGCUCUUGGCCAAAGUGGUCAACCCUUUCAGUCAACCCAGACAGGUUGAUCAGCCGAUGACUUACUGCACAUGAUUUCCUACAUACAUGAGAAAACACAUGUGCAAUUUUAAUGUAAUUGUGAUCUUGCUAUUUGGCUAUUUGAGUUUUUGCUUUGAGGGAAAAGGACCAAACUUGUUUGCCCAGCAGCACCAAAGGUGACACUACCUCACUUAUCUCCUGCUUUAUUAUACAAUAAGCUUUAUUUUAAACUCUCCAGGACUAGAUCAUUACUACCAGAACUCCAUAGAGUAUCAGGUUUGCCUUUCUUGUACAAAUCAAUAAACUGGAGUGCCCCCGGAAA